CACUUGGUACUUGGCGCACCACAGCACACACGCGAUGGCGGAAGCGAAGAAACCAGAAGGGUUGCAUCGCCGCUUCUCGGGGGACGGUGGCCGGAUAGCGGACUCCAGGUUACCCCCGCCGCUGAUUCCGGUGGACUUCGGGUACUGGAAACUUGCUCCAGCAGGGCUUGGUCUCCUGGGCCUGGGGGUGUACGCUGGCUUUCGUAAGCAGAUUAAGGCCGAUGCGGUAGGGGCUGAAGCUCUGGCUAAGCAAGGGCUCGAGCCGCUGCCUUUCAGCCCGCACCGGCUAGCCACGCGGGCGCUCAUGUACGGGACGGCACUCUCCGUGGGCUGUUUCUCGGCCGGCGUCUUGGUCGUGGGUUACUCCAUGGGGGUUACAAACCUGAGAGAGUUCAACGACAAGAUGAAGGUCUGGGCGCCGGAGCAGAUGCACCGCCUGGGGUUUCGACAUCGUCCAGAAUACAUCAGAGAUCGCGAGGCCAUGCGGGGCAUGACGUAUGACGAGGAGUGGGAAUAUGUGGACAGGUUGUUGGAGAAGGAAGAACCCGGGUUUGCUGGCGCGGACAGCGCGGAAUGCCCACCGGCGAAGAGCGAAGGCGAGGUUGUGCGGUAGCGACCAACCGCCAUGCUAGAGGGAGCGGCGGUGUG